UUCGUGGCUUGCCAUAUUCCCUGUUCCAUAGAGUCAGUUAAAUAAUGCACAGUAUCGUCAAUUUGUUCUGUUUUGGGGUGCAUUCAAGUUUAGUCGCUUUCAAGUAUGCCUCCAAAUAAGUUCCAGUCGACAGGUCCGUUUAUAAGGGUCGAGUCGACACUUGUUUUGGAUGGAUGUCAAGGAUUAAUCGUUUAGGGUGAAACAGUCAGUGUUUAAUGAGGAUAUGUUGGAACAGACGAAGAAAACAAGCAGAUCGGGUAAUUUAUUUAGGGAAGAUGGUCAAUAGGUUGGAUGAGAGGAAAUGUGGAAGUAAUUAGUUUGUCAAAGGAUGUUUUGAAGGAACCAUGCGAGGAUUAUCCACUCGGCUACCCCAACUUGGGUGCUCCGCCUUGAUGUCACCACCGCAAAUGAACCGCGAACCAAGGGAAGAGAAGAAUGAGAAGAAUUGACUAUGAUGAUGUGGUGGAUAAUAUACAGCUCCAAAUGUAUAGUAUAAUGACUCCAACAAUAGAGAAAUCACAGUAGCUUGAAGGAGGUUAGCCCAUUCUUCACGAAGAGUCUUUCAAGAUCGUGGAAUGUAUCAAGAAGUGAUUCGUCAUACCUCAUAGGUUAUCUCAUAAAUGUUCGAUGGGGUUCAGGUCUGGUGAACGGGCUGGCCAGGCUAAACCCUUGUUUUUUGCAGUUGAAGCUUCCGUUUUCAACCAUUGGCUCAUUGAACGGAGUCCACAUGUUUGCCAAGUCACAUGGUGUCUCUGUCGAAAGCACCCAGACAGAAAAUGCGACUGUCCUGUGGAAAGAGUAUGAAGACAGUGUUAUUAUAAUAGCUGUUUCUAUAUUGAAUGAGAAACGAGUUCUCAUUGACCUUCUCGAUACUGUUUUCAGUGCAAUGGUCCUUUCAGUCGGCAUUGACAGUAUUAAAAAUAUAAAAAAUAUAGAACGUCUCAAAAGAGAUUUAAGGGUCUCAUACUCAACAAUUGAUAGUAUAAUGGAAUGCCUCGACUAUGGGGACCGUGGUAUAAACAGUUCGCACAACAUUUUCAAUUAUGUAGAGACUAUACUCUGCACCGAAGGAAAUGAACUUCAAACAUGCUUGGACAUGUUUGUGGAACGUGUUUCAUCAAUGUUUGGAUGUGUAAUGAUUGAAAACUGUGUUGCUGCCGCAACUGAAAGUUGGUGGGAUUUGGCACAGAUGGAAAGAAAACUCCUGACACAUGUUUUGAUGACAAAUACAAAUUGCACUAUAUUUGACAUUCCUGUAUUCCUCCCUCAUGAAAGUCCAACUGUACCUUUCAGAUUUGUGGGUGUAUGUUUAAUUAGCUCUAUCUGGGUUGGUGUUUUAUGCGGACCGACACCAGAUUUGUCAGCGGUUCAAAGCACAGCUUAUCAAGUCUGGUCACCAGUGCUGACAACACUGAAAUUCGCAUACCAAACCUAUCCAAGGAAUAUACCACAUUCUGUUCAAAUCCACAAUUCUGUCAUAGGAAUUCUUUUAAUCGAAACUUCUAUUGGAAAGUACCUUUCAUGCACAAAUAUCAGUGGUAGCAAAAAAGAGCAGAAAUCAUUUUCAGAAGUUUUAAAAACAUUUUUUUAUCAAGCAGCAAGCAUCCUUGUAGAUAAUGAUGAUGCUGACACACCGAGUGAGACUUAUUGGUGUGCCGAAUACCAUAAGCUUCAUGCUCUUAAAGAUGGAAACACAAUUAUAUGCUCAAUGUAUCACUCUUCUAUCCCGACAAAUACUAUGAGAUUGAUAUCCCAACAAACUUUGUCUCUUCUAACAAAAGACAGUAAUAUUCAUUGGUAGUUACAUCGUUAAUCUACCAAUUUCAAACAAGUUCAUUCAAAGUACCUUAAAGCUGUGAUAAAAUAUUUAAAAAGAUAAGAAUUAUUAGAUUGAAAUCAGUUUUAAUUUAAUGUGCUAUUUUACUAUUUAUUCUCGUUUUAUUUAUUUAUUUUUUUAUAUUUAUUUAGUUCAGGUACAUGUUUUUGUAAAAAAUUUCUAAAUUUUAAUCAUUAGAACUAUUAUUGUAAUUGUUGUUUUAUCAUCUCUGAUCAUCCUUGUCUACCUAUUUCUGCCAGAUUUGUCUGUCAGACUCAUUUCAUCUUCAGUGGUGAGUUUUUGCAUUUAUGUACUUCUUGAAUGUUAAUUUAAUAUACUUGUUAGUAUUAUUAUUAUUUUGAGAGUUCUUCAUGUGAUCUGGAUAUAUAUUACCGAUCAUUUUAGUCUGUCUAUUCUCAGGAGAAAACAUGUAUACAAACCAAAAUGGUCAAAUUACAAAUUUAAUUAUUGUAAAAGUCAUAUCAGCAUUUUUAAAUGUUAAUUUAAUAAAAUGCCAACAUUGUCCCAGCUAUGUCCAUAAGUCACAUAGAGGAUAUUUUAUAGACAGUUUUGGCACAACUAUUGUUCAAGCCACCAAAUAAAUCUCAUACAGUAUUUCAAAAUCAGUGACAUUUUGUUCCUCAGGCAUUCCAUUUCAACCCCCUCGGAGACAGUGUAUGUCUCCUUGGAAUUCAAAGUGCAGAUUUUCAAAUCAGUACUCUUACAGUGAUCGCACAGUUGCAGCCACUGUUGCCCCUUCAGUGUAAUUCACAUUAACAUUAUUACUCCUGUAGCCUAAAGCAAGACAGCAACCUGCGUCAUUGAGGGUUAAUAAAACUCCUUGAAGUCUUCAUGGGUUUUAAAAAACAAGAUUUACAAAUCUGAUUGGGCUAUAUCAAUUUGUUUUUAUUUUUCUAAUUAUAUGCGUUAUUUUUUUUAAUGUAGCAUUUCAUUAAAGUUUUAUACUAAAUUGGCUGUAAUGAAGUGGGAUUUAGAGGUGUAAAGUUAUUAUUUUUUUAUUAUUUGUAAAUGUACUUUGAUUUUUUAUUAUUAUUUUUUUAAAUCAAUUUUACAUAUAAUUUGUAACUUCGCCUAAAGACAUAAAUGUUGAUUUAAUGUAAUUUUCUUUGUUAAAGUAUGUAUAAGCAUUAAGUGAUAUAAUAAAACUACUCUGUGGCCAUAAAAUGUA